AACCGUUAAAACUGAAAGAGAAAGUAACCAAGUGACGCAGUAAACCCGCUCAGAAGCCCCACUCCGCUCCUGGUUCUCGGUUAGACCCGCUCCGCUCCUGGUUCUCGAUCAGACCCGUUCCUCUCCUGGUCCCGGUUGAGGUCAUCCGUCGAAGGCUGACACGAUGCUGAGCAGCGCGGCGGUGCGUCCCGCGCACAGCGGGGGGGGCUUCUGCUUCGAGAACACUCGCAGGAAUGUAGAUCUGGAGGCUAGUCUGUUGCCGCGUGGCUUCAGGGCUCCGACCGCAAGAAAGACGGGAACCACCAUCGCUGGGGUGGUUUUCAAGGACGGUGUGGUUCUGGGAGCAGACACCAGGGCGACGGACGACAUGGUGGUGGCGGAUAAAAACUGUGCCAAGAUUCACUACAUCGCACCACGCAUAUACUGCUGCGGGGCGGGCGUGGCCGCCGACGCUGAGGUCACCACCAUGAUGAUGUCAUCCAACGCCGAACUGCACUCGCUCAACACCGGCCGCCCCCCGCUGGUCGCCAUGGUGACCAGGCAGCUCCGACAGAUGCUCUUCAGGUACCAGGGUCACCUGGGCACCUCUCUGAUUGUGGGCGGGGUGGAUGUGGACGGGGUCCACCUCUACAGCCUCUAUCCCCACGGCUCCUACGACCGGCUGCCCUUCCUCAGCAUGGGUUCUGGUGCUGCUGCCGCCGUUUCCGUGUUUGAAGACCGAUUUAAAGCCAACAUGGAGCUGGAGGAGGCUAAGCUGCUGGUGAAGGAUGCGGUUACCGCGGGGAUCCUCGGGGACCUGGGCUCUGGCAGCAACGUGGACCUCUGUGUCAUCACCAAGGCAACCGUGGACUAUCUCCGUGGUUACGACCAGCCGGCCAUACCGGUCGCCAAGGGGGGUCGAUACAGGUUCAAGCCCGGGACCACGGCGCUGCUGAGCAGCUCCGUGACGCCGCUCUCCGUCGACCAGCUCCCGGAAUGACGAGGCGGGGGCUCGGUGGACCCGGUCCGACGGACCAGGACGGUCUGGACGAGGACACGGUGUGGACCACAUGGACCCGGUCCGACCCGGUCUUUAACUCGGCUGUUUUCCCGCUCAAACUGCAGUCAUCCUGUGAAUUAAAGCGCAAUGUGCUCUACAAACGA